CAAACCUUUUACGUCAAGCCAGACAGGAAGAGGGAAAGAAAAAUCUGAUGGCACGAUAGCCGGUUGCUCGCAUCCCACCGAAAGAAAUGCACACCCGCUCCUCUCGCCCAUGGACGCGCUAUCCUGCUGAAGCAGAGCUGAUCUUAUGGCAGUCAUCAUCAUCAUCAUCAGCCCGCCUUGUACCAAACUGAAUCAGUGUGCGUGAAAAAUAAUAACUCGACGAGAGGAAGGGAGAUGAAAAGCCAACAACGACCAUCAUUGCUCGCCUUAUCUGCGCUCCUGCUCUGCACGUUACACCAGGCAGCUGUGUCCAGCAGCAGCACGAGCAGCUCAGCAUCAUCAACAUCAUCAUCAUCAACAGCAGCAGCAGCAGCAGCAGCAUCAGCAACAUCCCCAUCAGAGGUGACAGGCAGGGAUAAUCUGGGGACGCCCCAUAACUGGCUAAAACAGACUAACAUCAGUUUCAACUAUGGCAAUCAAAGCCACGAAAGUAGGCCAUCACCAAAGCUAAAAGAGGCGUCAGGCCAUGUGAAUCGCUUCUCGUUCAACACCAGCAGAGGCAACACUACUACUGUGAUAUCUGAAAGGGCUGGCAGAGCAAGCUGGGGCUCAGAGAAAGGGGUGUCACCGCUGUGUGCCUACCGUAUGAUCGAGGGAGGCAUCGGGGGGCAGCUCUGCUUUCGACAAACACUGUUUGGGUACAAGUGUCACAAGGGAGACUGCAGAACUGUGGUGUCUUUGGGGAACCUUGUGGCAAAUAUUCUUAUCAAUGGCAGUGUACUGUUACAGUGGUCCCAUGAGGGAGAGUCCACGAUGACCGGAGGGCUGGACGUCAAGACCGCAGUUGGACAGAUGAGCGGCGGGGACUCUGGGACAAAUUUAACAAGAGAGGAAACUCUAAAGUCUCACACUGUUUUCGGUGUUGGUCGCCGUCACAGACGGGGAGGAUACGAGUUGAGCUGCUGGUGGAAUGGGAGCUAUACUCAGUUUGAGUGUGCCGGUGUCCAUCUCGGAUCCGGCUGCAGGGACUUUCUCCUGACCGACCUGCAUGAGAACAUCCCGUACCGCAUCUGCCUACGCUCCCUGGUCCGUUCAGAUCCAGCUCAGAGGGCAGACCAGAGGGACUGCGUAGAGUUUACUCUGCCGCCGUCCGGGAUGCAGGACAUUGUGAUCGCCAUGACAACGGUGGGGGGAGCCAUUUGCGUGAUGCUGGUCAUCAUCUGCUUGCUGGUGGCAUAUAUCACAGAAAACAUCAUGAGCCCCACGACACAGCACUCAUACUCCUACCGCACUCACUCCCGCCACUGAGGUUACACUAAAAAAAAAAGAUGCACUGCUAAAUGAAUAAAAGGGCCUACAUUUAACGUCCAUCAUGACCAUAUCUAAUCUCACAAUCAUCGUCAGUCAUUGUCAAUAAUUAUUUUUCAAUUAGCCACAUAAUAUGUCAUGUGAAUAUGAAUCGAAGCACAAUCUAGUGUGGCUCUAGUGAAAGAAACGCAAAUAACAUGCCUUGUCAACCUCUGCGAGGAUGCACUGAACCAAAAGUACUGAUAAUCUAAAUUUAGUAAACAGUAGUUUACUGUGUAAUUUUUCUGUUUAGGGGUUGUCUGUGAUUGAGUCUGUCAAUCUGUAUGCUGGCAGCAUUUAUACAGCAAUACAAUUAAUGAAAUGCUUCAAGUACAUCAGAAACAGAGUUGGGGUUUUUUUUUUUGCUAAAUGUGCAGCCUGUGAAAGUGUCCAUAUUGAUUGUGUCCUUGCUGGGGCACAGGAAAAUAAACCUUUAUUGAAUUACUUUUUUCCACUUGACUAGUUUUGCUUUUAGGUCUGCAUAUGUAUUUGUACCAUUUUGUGAAGGGCAAUACAAUCUGGUGUACAAUCUCCAAAUACUGUGCCAAACAUCUUGAGUUAUAAUGCCUUUAUGUCCUGCUGUCAGUGAAUAAAGUACCAUGAGGUCAUUUGUAA